UCAAGUCCUGCCGGCAGCUUGGACCUCCUUCAGACCUUGAGCACGUCUUCGAUCUUUGUGUGCAGCACCUUGAACGGAUCAAUAACUAUCACAAAGUAGGUCGAAGAUUUGCUUCCGUGGCAAAUGACGCUUCCAUUGUGUGCCAAUUCUUCUCAUCAGAAAUCUAACAAACAUCACCGCUAACCGUCGAGUACUGCUCACUCUCAUUCCAAUCUCAUCGGCGCAGGCUGGACAUAUUGGUUAUCGAGGCCCACAACAAACAACAAAGCAAACUUACCCACGAGCAUGACCGCCGAACUGCAAAACGUCCGACAGCAUCCUACAUACUGGUUCAACGAUGGCUCCAUCGUGAUUCGUUCGCGCGGCAUGAGUAAUGAAGAGGUUUGCUUCAAGCUGCAUGAGAGCUUGUUGCGUCGACAAUCCCGCUUCGUUCAACGGAUGCUUGAUAAUAGCGGGUCUAGCACCGAAGAGAUAUCAAUUCCACCAGAACUUGGUGUCCAAGUCCAUGAUUUGACAGCGCUAUUUGAGCAUCUAUACCAUGAUACCCCUCUUUCCGCUGAAGCGCCCUUCUCGCAUGUUGCGGCGAUCUUGCGCGUCUCUUCCCCGGAUCAGCUUGAUCUUCCUGGUGUGCACAUGUCUGCACGGGCUUACUUCGUAUCGAUGUUUCCGCAGGGUCCUCAGCCAUUUGCACAUCCUAGUGGCCAUCUAGAAGAGGCGUUGGGUCUUGUGCACUCUUAUGAAAUCGCUUCUAUAAGAAAGAGCGUAUAUUACAGCCUUGUCACGACUUCUGAAUUCGAACCUGAGGCUGAUGAUGGCUUGGAUCCGGAAAAUUCCAUCCAACCAAACGGCUCGCCAGGGAUCCGGUGCAGAAGUCUGAUGACUGGCAUCGUGGAGCAUUUCACCCCCAUUUUGUUCACACCGCCUGCAACUCCUCAUAUGGCAUGUACAGACGUAUUUGCGGACAGAUGGAUGUCGCUCGUGAUCCAGCCUGCAAUAUCCACCUCUGGCGUCUGUAGACCGCUCGAAAUGCUCGAGGAAAUCAAGCAAAUUGACUGGGCCGCCGAGGGCUUGUGCGCUGCGUGUGUCAUGGAAAAGACACAGGAGUGGAGACAGGAGCAGAAGGAUUUAUGGGAGAAAAUGGACUUGUGGUUGAAUCCCGAGGGUACAAAGCAUUCCCUCGUUUGAAAUUUACCAAGGAGAUAUAGAUCAGAUUCGUUGCGGUAUUUGCGACCCAUGUGUAAGGCACGAAUAACCUUCCCUGUGCAGUGAAGUCGUGUAACCUGACCUUAUGCAAACUAUGAAGUAACAAUACUAUAUGUACU